GAAUGAACUACUUUUAGAACGAAAAAGAAACUUGUCUCCCUCCUGUUUGGGCCUUUAAAGAUGAAGUUGGAUUAGCCCAUUUGCUUUGAACUGCACUACAUCAACAUAGAGGAUCAUGGGGCAUCCCCAUCAGAAGACAUUUGAGAAACAAAUGAGGAGCAUCUUUAAAGAAUAAUGGCAGACAAGGCUGGUCCCAUGGUCGCCUCAGUGCCAAACCACUCACUGACAAAUCACACCACUGCCCCAUGGGAGACCAAUCCUACGGUUCCCGCCAAUGUGGGCAUUGUCACCAGCUCCCAGUCUCAGAUCAAAGACCUGUUUGGGCUGUUCUGCAUGGUGACCCUAAACCUCAUUGCUCUUUUAGCCAACACUGGUGUCAUGGUGGCUAUUGCUCGAGCUCCACAUCUGAAGAGGUUUGCUUUUGUGUGCCACCUCUGUUCAGUCGACCUGCUGUGUGCUAUCCUCCUCAUGCCUUUGGGGAUCAUAUCCAGCUCGCCAUUCUUUGGUACAGUGGUUUUUACGGUCCUCGAGUGUCAGGUUUACAUCUUUCUAAAUGUGUUCCUCAUUUGUCUGUCCAUUCUCACCAUUACUGCCAUCAGCGUGGAGCGUUACUUCUACAUUGUGCAUCCUAUGCGCUAUGAGGUCAAGAUGACCAUCAACCUUGCCAUUGGUGUCAUGCUCCUCAUCUGGUUGAAAUCACUCAUCUUGGCUUUGGUCACAUUGUUUGGAUGGCCCGCUUACGGACCUCAGAGCUCUAUAGCUGCAGCUCACUGCUCUCUCCAUGCGAGCCACAGCAGCCUGAGAAGUGUGUUUGCUGUGCUUUUCAGUGUUGCCUGUUUCCUGGUUCCUGUUGUAGUAAUCUUUACUGUUUACUGUGCUGUGUACAAAGUAGCUCGUUCUGCAGCCUUGCAGCAAGUCCCUGCUGUUCCAACGUGGACAAAUGCCAGUCCUGCAAAGAAUCGCUCUGACUCCAUCAACAGCCAGACCACCAUGAUAAACACCACCCGCACUCUUCCCCAAAGGUUAUCUCCAGAGAGGGCCUUCAGCGGAGGCAAGGCUGCUCUCACUUUGGUGUUCAUUGUGGGACAGUUUUUGGUUUGUUGGCUUCCCUACUUCACCUUCCAUCUGCAGAUGUCUCUAACCGGCUCCAUGCAAAGUCCUGGAGACUUAGAGGAAGCAGUCACCUGGCUGGCGUACUCUUCCUUUGCAGUCAACCCAUUCUUUUAUGGUCUUCUGAACAGGCAGAUCAGAGAAGAGCUUGUAAAGUUCAGACGCUGCUGCUUGACUCAGCCAGCAGAGUUUGGAGCAUCCAGCCAUGAGGGCUCUCUUCAGGAAAACUUCCUCCAAUUCAUCCAGAGAACCAGUAGCACAACUGAAACAACAUCAAACUCUGUGAACACCCGUCCAAGAAACACUUCAGACCAGGGGGUGAAGAUCCCUGGACAGAUACCAGAGGAACAUGCUUAG